AUGGCGAGUUCCGAUCGACUACGUCGCGAGUCUGCGGCAUAUAGAGCAUAUGUCGCUAAGGGACGCUUGCCGCAGAAUGCUCCUGCUUGGCAGACAGACGCUCAGGGACACAUCGUAAUGUACUGUGGCGAGAUGUACUGUCGCACGAGCUUGAACGGCGCUCUAUGCGGCAAAAGAUUCUCACGGUUCGAACAUCUCAAGAAGCAUGCACAAAGUGUACAUGGCGCCUUGACGCCCGGCAGCCACAAAAGGGUCUUCGGGGGUACUGGUUCUCGCAAAGCGGCACAAGGUAAGCUCAGAAGACACGCAAGCACGGCAAUUAUGUACUUACUCUUCGAUUACAGCAUUCUACACCGACUUGAUGAAGGAGGAAGACUAUGAGGGCAAACAUGAGCCGCAAGACGAGCUGCAAGACGAGCCGCGACGACUUCGCAGGUCGCGGCCUACUCGUGCAAAGCCAGGGUUUGUGACGUCUGAUGGACAGGCGGACGAUGAAGUCAUUCAGGAUCACGAGAAUUCGGAGGACGACGCGUACCUUAUAGGUCCGGUGACGGCUGGGCGGACUCGCGCUCCUCAAGCAGACCCUGUCGUGGCGGCUCGAUUAAUUCGCAGAGAUUACGGCAACGGAUUCAGCGCCGCAAGUUUAGGACCGGGUUCGCAGAGCAUCGAUAUCGGAGACCACAUGGAUGAAGAGGAGGGUCGCGGACACGCCAAACAGGAGUCUACAGGCCGCAACGCCAAGCGGAAAGACGACAGGAUGACUCGGCCACUGCAGAAUAACAGCCAAGCAAGUACGGCUCCGGCACUGAUUGCGCCUCAUGUGCAAAAGCGCAGACUAGCAGCGCCGCUGUCCUCAAGGUCGGAAUGCAUCAUUAUCGGCGAUGGUGAGGAAUAUGAGGCAGACCAGGAGCGCCGUCAGGCAUCGACAGGCAUUCAGCUGCAACAGCAGCCCAGCGUCAAUCGUCGCAGUGGAGAUCCGGAGUUCGAUAAGGAGGAUGAGGAGGAACUUCAGCUUGCGCUGGAUGAAGUUCACAUCAAGGGACAGAUCCAGCAGAGUCAGUUGGAGACUCAGCUCCAGGAGAUUCAGCUGAAGCGAAGACUGGCUGCUCUUAAGAAGCGCAAGACGAGUAGGCGAGCAGUGUUUUAG